UUUUCGUCUUCCACUUCGUGUGAGGAGCGUAGCCGAGUGUUGGAAAUAUCGAGCGCGUGAGCGCCGGCGUGGCGCUGUUCACGACGGCGCCUAUAUAAAUGUAGAAUGUCGGCGGGUGCACUCAGUACGUGUCAUGCUUUUCCAGUGGAAGGGUUGUCCGUGAUGGCGGCCCGUGUGCGGUUGAAGAUGCAAUGCGGCACCGUAUCGUUGCCGCUCGUUGUUUUCAUCGUUGUGUGCGGUGUGGAUCUUGUUUGUGGAAUGUUCGAGCAUCGACAUUGUAAUCAUCAACCUCUCCGUCCACACGAGGUGAUACACGGUGUCCAUAUUGAGCCGGCACACGAAGUGAAAAAACGUAGCAUUAGUCAACCCCUUCGUAUUCUUCUUUCUUACGACGAAAGUGUGUUUAGAUUGGAUGACGAAAAAUUGGAUCUUAUUAAUAACACAAUCCUGCCAGAGGCCGUGCACUUUUGGGAGAGAGCACUUAUGGUUCGAGAAACGAAGAAUACUAUCAGACUGAACAGGAAAUGCGAGAGUAGUCAAGUUUUCGUGCAAGAUCAUCACACUCACUGCAUAGAUACUUGCCGUUCAACGACCAUGUGCGGAGAGGUGGUCGUCCCAGAGGACCAUCUUGACGUGUGUAGAAUUUGCAACGCAACGGGUCACAAUUGUCAAGUGGCGGAAGGAAGUAAAGCCGGUCCCGGAAUCGACGGCGCGGACUUUGUAUUUUAUGUGUCCGCCAUGCAGACCGAGAGAUGUCACAAGGGAUUGACGGUUGCUUAUGCUGCUCACUGUCAACAGGAAGCUGCAUUGGAUCGACCAAUCGCAGGACAUGCAAAUCUUUGUCCUGGUAGUAUUAGUACGAAGCCCCAGGAACUGGAAACAUUAUUGAGUACCGUGAAACACGAAAUUCUUCACGCAUUGGGUUUCUCCGUCAGUCUUUAUGCCUUUUACAGGGAUGAAAAUGGUGAACCUAGAACACCGAGGAGAAGUGACACUGGGAAACCUCCGUUGAAUGAAAAAUUGCAAACGCAUCAGUGGAGCGAGAGUACGAUCAAGACCGUAACGAGGCCAUAUUGGCAAGUGCACGGUGGUUACGUCGAGAGGUCGAUGCAAAUGAUCGUAACGCCACGAGUUCGUGCCGAAGUUCAAGCACACUUCGAUUGCCCGGACUUGGAGGGUGCAGAACUCGAAGACCAGGGAGAGGAUGGGACGGCCUUGACGCAUUGGGAAAAGCGAGUCUUCGAGAACGAAGCUAUGACUGGUACCCACACACAAAAUCCAGUUUACUCGAGGAUUACUCUAGCAUUGAUGGAGGAUACCGGUUGGUACAGCGCAAAUUACUCGAUGGCGCAAAAACUCGGUUGGGGACGACAUUUGGGUUGCGAUUUUGCUAUGAAAUCCUGCAAGGAAUGGAUAUCCUCGAAAUCGUCACGUUUAUCUGGGAAAUCGAUUCAUCCUUUCUGCAAUAAGGUGAAACAAGAUCCAUUACAAACCGAGUGUACGGAUGAUCGAAGUUCCGUAGCUUUGUGCAAUUUGGUGAAACAUCCUCAACCCUUACCGAAAAAAUAUCAAAAUUUCGAUUUAAUCCCACACGUACCAUUUGGAGAAGAACAAUAUUACGGUGGUUCAGUAUCUUUGGCAGACUAUUGUCCAUAUAUUCAAGAAUUUACAUGGCGAGCUCGAAACAUCGUUGUAAGGGGUUCUCAUUGUCUUUAUGAAGACAACAAUCCACAUCCAGAGAAAAAUUUUGCAUUGGAAAAAUAUGGAUCCCAUUCGAGAUGUUUCGAUCAUACCAAUCAAAUGUGGGAAGAGAGAACGUGCAAUCAGGCACGUCAGUGGCAACAUUGGGGUUCCGGUUGUUAUCAAUACAAAUGCGAGACGGGUCGUCUGCAUAUUAUGGUGGCAAAUUAUACCUACACUUGCUAUCAUGCUGGUCAAGAAAUAGCAAUUAGGAUUAUUCAAAAUGGUUGGCUACACAAAGGUGCUUUGAUAUGUCCACGCUGUAAAGAUAUCUGUCAAGCUGAACUGAAAACUCGAGGUGACUGGUGUAAGCCUGGCGAUGAACAUCCACCUGCAACUUAUUAUCAUAGAGACAAUCUUGAUUGUUCAUCGGCAGGAAUUUUUGGUCUAAACUUAACAGUGACUAUUCUAAUCGUUUAUUUAUCAUUCGUCGUUAGAUGAUAUGACGUUGUCGAAUUUAGUAAGAUUUUUUUACAACCAUCAUCUGACUCGAUAAAACGACGACGACAACAACAACAUACUUAUGAUAAUUCAUCAUCGUAGUUGCGUUAAAUAUAUAUAUAUAUAUAUUUAGAAAUCACUAAGUUUCUAUAAAUAUAUACAUAUAAUUACAUAUACGAGUGUGCGUGCGAACGGGGAACAUAAAACAUUGUACACCAUUUCAAAAACCUCGUCGCAUUUUCUAAGCCACGGAACAAAUUUUCAUCCAAUUAUAAAAAGGGAAGAAAAGAAAAA